GUAUUGUGUGGAUUUAUGGUUGGUUCUUUAACAGUUUUCGGAUCACAUGACAGUAAUAUAGCAGUAUGGCUGCCUGUGUGGAACAACACAACGUUAAAGAUGGCAAAGAUUCUAUUUUGGAGCCCCUGUCUUUACCGGAAAGCCCAGGCGGAAGUAUACCUCCAGACAAUUCCACUUCUGUGCCCUGCAUCCUGUGUGUGGAAAGCUAUUCUCUUACUGAAAAGGAUGCACUCCUGAAGCAUUUGGUCCUUGAGCACAAACUGGUGAUAGCUGAUGUCAAACUUAUUGCUGAUUUUAGAAGGUACAUAUUGUACUGGAGGAAAAGAUUUGCUGAGCAGCCCAUUACCGAUUUCUGCAGUGUGAUAAGGACAAACUCAGAAGGCCCUGUCGAAGGACAAGAGGAUUACUUCCUGUUGUGUGAUGUUUUACCAGAGGACAGGAUUCUUAGGGAGCAGCUUCAACAGAAGAGACUGGAAGAGAUCCUUGAACAACAGCAGCGAGAGAGAAAUGAUGCCAGCUUUCACCGUGUUUGUACGUUUUGUAAUGAUGAAUUCACUGGGAAUAGAUCUUUGCUUCUCAACCAUAUGGCAGUAGAGCAUGGCUUUAACAUGGGGCUCCCAGACAACAUUGUGUACUGCACUGAAUUCCUGGAUACACUGCAGAAGAAACUUGACAAUCUGCAGUGUCUUUACUGUGAGAAAACCUUCAGAGACAAAACAACCCUGAAAGAUCACAUGAGGAAGAAACAGCACCGCAGGAUAAAUGCUAAAAACCAGGAAUAUGACAAGUUCUAUGUUAUCAACUACUUGGAACUGGGAAAGACCUGGGAAGAAGUUCAAUCGGAAGAUGACCGAGAGAUGAUAGAAGAUCAAGAUGAUGACUGGUCUGAUUGGCAAGAUCACCCAGUUUGUGCUGUCUGUCUUUUUUGUGAACAUCAGUCAGAAACCAUGGACAAGAUUUACAGUCACAUGAAGGAUACACAUGGAUUUGAUCUGGCUAAAAUAAAGACUGAACUUGGUUUGAAGUUCUACCAGCAGGUGAAAUUAGUAAACUUCAUGAGAAGAGAAAUUCAUCAGUGUCGGUGUUACGGAUGCAAAGAAAAGUUUCCCUCCAAAAAUGAAGUUCUGAAGCAUAUCGUGGAUGCAAAACAUAUUAUGGCGCUGCAAGAUAAAUCCACAUGGGAUCAGCCUCAGUAUUACUUUCCAACCUAUGAAAAUGAUGCCCUCCUGUGUGUCCUGUCUGACAGUGAGAGUGAAUCAGAGACUGAUAAUCAAAGCAAAGAAAUUCCUGUCAUUGCAGAAGACAUUUCAAACUUAAAAGCACUAAAGCAGACCAGUGUGUUAAAUCAGCUUUUAAAAGACGGGACCUACAACAGCUAGUUUGUGUAUACAUUUAAAGAACAUAAUAUCUUGUAUGUUUGUUUAUUUUCAAAUAGCAGCACAAAGACAGAAUGUAAGCUAAAUGUAUGCAAUAAAAAAAA